AUGGCUACGUCUAUCCUCGGGGAAGAGCCGAGAUUUGGAACGACUCCGCUGGCAAUGCUGGCCGCCACCUGCAACAAGAUCGGCAACACCAGCCCGCUGACCACCCUGCCCGAGUCCAGCGCCUUCGCCAAGGGGGGCUUCCACCCCUGGAAACGCUCCACCUCCAGCUGCAACCUGGGCUCCAGCCUCUCGGGCUUCACGGUGGCCACGAGCAGGGGCUCUAGCGGACUGGCCAGCGGCACGGGCACCGCCAACAGCGCCUUCUGCCUGGCCUCCACCUCGCCCACCUCGUCGGCCUUCAGCAGCGACUACGGCGGCCUCUUCUCCAACUCGGCGGCGGCGGGCGUAUCCCCGCAGGAGCCCGGCGGGCAGUCGGCCUUCAUCUCCAAAGUGCACAGCUCGGCGGCCGAGAGCCUCUACCCGCGGGUGGGCAUGGCGCACCCCUACGAGUCCUGGUACAAGUCGGGCUUCCACUCCACGCUCUCGGCGGGCGAGGUGGCCAACGGUGCGGCCUCCUCCUGGUGGGACGUGCACACCAACCCGGGCUCCUGGCUGGAGGUGCAGAACCCGGCGGGGGGGCUGCAGAGCUCGCUGCACUCGGGCGCCCCCCAGGCCUCGCUGCACUCCCAGCUGGGCACCUACAACCCCGACUUCAGCUCCCUCACCCACUCCGCCUUCAGCUCCACCGGCCUGGGCUCCACGGCCGCCUCGCACCUGCUCUCCACCAGCCAGCACCUGCUCACCCAGGAGGGCUUCAAGCCCGUGUUGCCCUCCUACACGGACUCCAGCGCGGCGGUGGCGGCGGCCAGCGCCAUGAUCUCGGGCGCCGCCGCCGCCGCCGCCGGGGGCGGCUCGGCCCGCUCCGCCCGCCGCUACUCGGGCCGCGCCACCUGCGACUGCCCCAACUGCCAGGAGGCCGAGCGGCUGGGGCCGGCGGGGGCCAGCCUGCGGCGCAAGGGGCUGCACAGCUGCCACAUCCCCGGCUGCGGCAAGGUGUACGGCAAGACCUCGCACCUGAAGGCGCACCUGCGCUGGCACACGGGCGAGCGGCCCUUCGUCUGCAACUGGCUCUUCUGCGGCAAGCGCUUCACCCGCUCCGACGAGCUGCAGCGGCACCUGCGGACUCACACGGGCGAGAAGCGCUUCGCCUGCCCCGUCUGCAACAAGCGCUUCAUGCGCAGCGACCACCUGAGCAAACACAUCAAAACGCACAACGGGGGCGGCGGGGGCAAAAAGGGCAGCGACAGCGACACGGACGCCAGCAACCUGGAGACGCCGCGCUCCGAGUCCCCCGACCUCAUCCUGCACGAGGGGGUGGGCGCCGCCGCCCGCGGACCGGGCAAGGAACCUACCGCGGGGCCCGGCGACUCCUAG